CUGAUAUUGAGUGCCCCAGUAUUGAUACAGGAAGGUCUGGACAUGAAUCAGAAACAUUAAAGCGGAACUGCAUAUUUAGCACUAACGAAGAAGAAACCUUAAUUGCAACAAAGAACAAGAAUCUGAUCAAGGACUUACAUCAUACCUUGGGGCGGGAUCUGCUAUCGACAUGGAAGGAACGGAACUCCGGAGCCAACCUUCAAAUUCUUGAACCUUGUUUCAAGUACAAAAUGCUAGAUGCUGGAAAGUCAUUGUGCUCCCUGUUGAAGAUGGUUUUUGUUGCUUUUCCUCUGGAAGCAACUAGUACACCACCAGAUGUGAAGCUGUUGUAUCAGAAAGUUGAGGAACUCAUACAAAAGCACCUUGCCGCACUUACAGCUCCUCAGACAUCAGGCGAAGAUAAUUCUGCGAACAUGAUUAGUUUUGUACUGUACAUUAUUAAGACAUUGUCAGAGGUGCAGAAGAAUUUCAUUGAUCCAAAUAAUUUGGUUCGUGUCCUUCAGCGCCUGGCACGGGAUAUGGGAUUGGCAACUGGUUCUUAUAUGAGACAAGGUCAAAGAUCAGAUUCAGAUUCGGCAGUCACUUCUUCUCGUCAAGUUGCUGAUGCUGGAGUUGUCAUUGCUAAUCUUACAUUCAUAUUGAAGCUUAUUAGUGAAAGGAUCAUGCUUGUUCCAGAUUGCAAACGAUCUGUGACUCAAAUUAUGAAUUCCCUGCUCUCUGAGCAUGGCACUGACCCUUCUGUGCUUCUCUGCAUCCUUGAUGUGGUAAAGGGGUGGAUCGAAGAUGAUUUUGGUGGGCCUGGAAUGCCUGUUGCUUCCAGUACUUUCCUCACCCCAAAGGAAGUCGUUUCUUUCCUUCAGAAGCUUUCACAAGUAGAUAAGCAGAACUUUUCCCCCAAUGUUCUAGAGGAGUGGGACAAGAAAUAUCUUCAGCUUCUUUAUGGGCUUUGUGCUGAUUCAGAUAAAUACCCUGUGUUACUACACCAAGAAGUGUUUCAGAAAGUAGAGCUGCAAUAUUUGCUUGGUUUAAGGGCCAAGGAUCCUGAAAUCCGUAUGAAGUUCUUCACCCUUUAUCAUGUAUCUCUUGGGAAGACACUGUUCAUACGAUUGCAAUAUAUUAUUCAAAUUCAGGAAUGGGAGGCUUUGAGUGAUGUAUUUUGGCUCAAACAAGGCCUUGAUCUUCUUCUUGCCAUUUUAGUCGAUGAUAAGCCUAUCACCCUUGCUCCAAACUCUGCCAAGGUUCCACCACUUGUGAUGCCAGGUUCUCUUCCUGAUUGUUCUGGGGUGCAGCCCAUGGUUACCGAUAUUUCAGAAGCGGCAGAUGAGGCUCCUCUAACAUUUGAUAGCCUUGUAUUAAAGCAUGCACAGUUUCUGAAUGCUAUGAGCAAACUUCAGGCCUAUGUAUGGGGACAUGGCAGUAUUACUGGAACUUACACUUACUCCCCAGCAUUGUUGUCAGACUAA